GCUUUGCCUCAACAUCUAGUCAAAUCGAAAGAGUUUCAGUACCUUCGACUAUAUUAGGUCUACAUCAUGUUCAACUAAACAGGCCCAGCCUGUACACACAACAUAGGACGAUAUCACAAAGAAUGAUGCUUUAGCAUGUGUGUCUAUAUACUUUCUUAAGAACACAGGACCACCCACAAUACAACUGGAAUAAAUGAACUGUAAAGAUGGAAGCACUGGCCAAACCAGCCCAGCUGAUGUUGCUGCUUCUGUGGCAAAGAGUAUGGGCUUUGGACAUCCCUCUGGAAAUCAGACAACCCCCAACCAUUUACAAACAGUCAAUGAAGGAGCAUAUUGUUGACCCCAAAGACACGAUGGUCAUAGAGUGUGAGGCCAAAGGAAACCCUCAUCCCAUUUUCUCGUGGAGGCGAAAUGGGAAGUAUUUCAACGUGGCGCGUGACUCUCAGGUAUCCAUGCGCAGGCACUCAGGGACGCUGGACAUCUCUGCUUGGAACAAUCCCGAACAAUAUGAAGCUGAUUAUCAGUGCAUUGCGUCCAAUGAGUAUGGCUCCGCGUACUCCAACAUCAUCAGAGUCCGCCUUUACA